UCACGUAGGCUUGUGUGUGCAUGUAUGGCUGCUUGGGUUAGAUUUUCUACUGUGGAUAGGAAUUAUGAACGUUGAUUCUGUUCAGUGUAGGUUGAUAUCCGGGUGUAUGGAAGUUUAUUAUAUAUGUAGUGGAUACUAAGAAAGAUUGAAUGGCGGUGGUUUAUGUAUUACUGGUUGUUCUGGUUACCCAGGCCUCUUGCCUUAAACCAUGCAGGAUGGAGGAUGAUGAAUGCGUGUUCCAUUUCGACCUUAAUUAUAAUUUGACCAUGGUGAAAGAUAGAGAUGCACUCUAUCCCAAAGGUGGUAAAUUAUACAAAUAUGAUAUAAUCAACACCACUAGUGCAACACCAGUCUCCAUAGAAGGUGUUGCCACAGCGGAUGGCUGGGAAGAUUCACGUCUGGUUAUAUUAGUGAACGGACUCUUUCCAGGUCCGCAAAUGGAGGUUUACGAAGGUCAAACGAUAAUUGUCCAUGUUACGAAUUCUUUAAUGAGUGAAGCAGUGACUAUACAUUGGCACGGGUUGCAUCAAAGGGGGACUCCUUGGAUGGAUGGAGUGGCUUUUAUAACCCAGUGUCCAGUAUUACCUGGGCAAAGCUUCACCUAUCGCUUUAAAGCUAGACCCAAAGGAACGUUUUGGUACCAUACUCAUAUAGGAGGCAUCCGAUCAAUGGGCCCAUAUGGCGCGCUGAUAAUCAGAGAAAAGAAGCGUUUACGAGAGGAAGAAUUCGUGUUCACAGUUACUGAAUGGAACCAUGAUUGGGAUUCUAAUCUUCUGCAGACAAAGAGGCAAGAAGGGAUGUAUGCUGACCGACAACGAAUCCGAUCAACCCAUUCUCUAGACGGUGCUGGGUACAGUUCAUUUGGGUUUCAUUCAGCAUUAAUAAACGGCAGAGGUAGAUAUUAUGACCCUGACACAGGCAAAGAUAACGAAGCCCCGCUAGAAGUAUUUACCGUGACUCAAGAUGCUCGUUUCGUGUUUCGAGUAAUUUCUGUAGGUGUUGAACUUCCUUUCAGAAUAUCCAUAGAUAAUCAUGACUUGACAAUUAUUGCAACCGAUGGCUAUGACCUCCGACCAUUCACGGCGGAAUCAUUUGUCAUUAACCCCGGAGAACGGUACGAUUUUAGAAUACGAGCAGACAAGCCUGUGGACAAUUAUUGGAUACGUGCCAAAACUCUUGAAGUCGGAGUUGAUCAUUUUGGAUUAGCUAUCCUAAGAUACGAAGGAGCACCAGAUACAGACCCAAACAGUUCGAGACAAACCUGCACGGAUCGAAGUAAAUGCGUGGUUGUGAAUUGUCCCUUUUUGUUCUACCCUGAAGAUGAUAAUAUUGAGUGUGUUACGUUUGACCAACUUCGAUCUAAAGAUGGAGACCCUGCUCCUUCAGCACCAAUUGGCAGAAAAGAAGAACACUUCCUAAACUUUGGUUUUGAUGGAGUAUCUGGAUGGGUUGGCUCCGUAAACGGCAGAAGUUUUAAAAUGCCACCAGUAUCUGCGUUGACUCAACCCGACCAAAUAGGUCUAAAGUGUGACGACGAUUGUGGAGUGAAGAAAUCAUGUCAAUGUCCGUAUUCCUUAGAUUUAGAUCAUGGCAAAACUUAUCAAAUAAUAUUCCUGAACAUGGGUGACGGAAAGGGAUAUUCUCACCCAAUUCAUAUGCACGGUCAUUCUUAUUACGUUUUAAAAAUGGGCUAUCCUCGGUACAGUGCCACGACAGGCAAAUUAAUUGGUGAUAACCCGGAUAUCAAUUGUAGGGAAUCUUCCUGCAACGAUGCAACAUGGGCCGAUCCGCAUUGGCACGGGGACAACAUACCGGGUCUUGAAUUAAAGAACCCCCCGAGGAAAGAUACCAUUAUUGUUCCCACUGGUGGUUACGUUGUGGUGAGAAUCGUGGCCGAUAAUCCCGGAUUAUGGUUCAUGCACUGCCACAUGGAAUUACACAGCAUAAUUGGAAUGGCACUUGUCUUGAAUAUUUCUUUUCCACUGGUGCCACAACCUCCACCAGGGUUUCCCACGUGUGGUAAUUUUCAUUACAAAACCCCGGCCCCCAAAAAUAAAUAUCUUAUAGAUAAAGAUGACGAAGGUGCUGAUGACCAUCUAGAUGUACUCGACCACAUCAUGAUCUUCCAGACUAUCAUCGGGUGUUUGGUGGUAUUGGUGGGGAUACAGUUCGUUCUGCUGGUCCAUACAUGUCGAAAAGCCUCAGCUAAACCACAGAACGAACUGUUACAACCACUGUUGCAAUAUAAGUGACCGCUAUUACAGGCCUAAGCUUGUCGACGAUAAGUGGACGUACAACUCUAGGAACGAACGAACAGGCCUAAGCUCUCGUGACAUUUUCUCAACAGCUACCAUUCCAAGAAUUGCAAAUAAAGCCGUUCAUGAUCUUGUUUUGAGGAACUUGUGAUUUGUAAACCACAAUAAUAUUGUGAAAGUUAAAUCUCUGAAAGGAAUAGGAGUAUAAAAAUGGUUCCAUUGUGUUAAAUAUUGACAAAGAGAUAAGGAAUUGAAAAUUUCAUAAUAUUGGGGAUCUUGUGCGGGCGAUAUAACAAACCAGUGCCACCUCCUAUUAGUGUUAGAUAAAAUCGUUUGGUGGGCGUAUCUACCGUUGAUGGUUUGUUUUGGGUUUUUGAUUAAAGGUUAACUAAGGAAUUUUAUUAUAUACCGUUCCGCCAGUUUAACGUGGAUAAGGCUGUGAAAAUUAAAUAGUGCCCGAAAAUUACAAAUGGCAGUCCAUGGAUUUAAUAGAUAAGUUAGCUUAUUUUAAAGAUGCAUUAUGUAAGAUCUAAUUCUUUCUUUUGUUAUAUAAAUUAUUAUUUAGAGUUUUAAUGAUUUAUUCACAUAACAAGCCUUUAUCGCCCAAUAAUACAUUCUACAGUAGAUAUCGCUUGUGUGAUAAAUUUCAUAAUCUACUGCGAUAUCUCCUUAGGAAACAUCGCUUUACAUGGAUUUAAUUGGUCAGUUAAAAAGGA